UUUUCAUCACCCGUUGCAGGGCCUUCCGGUCGGCCACGGAGCAUCCACCAAACCACACUGUGGCGCAGUUACUCAGAACGCUCUCGAUGGUGCAGCGGUAGAAGUUCACAAGGAUCUUGGAGGAUAGGCGGGCCUUCAGCCUCCUCAAGAAGCACAGGCACUGCUGCACCUUUUUGACCAGGGCUGAGGUGUUUAGGGUCCUCGGAGAUGUGGACAGCCAAAUUGGCUCGAAGGACCGGAAAGCUUGGUUUCUCCUAUCACUAGUCAGUCUUACAUUCAUUUUGAUGUUUAUUGUAUUUUUAUUUGAAAUAAACAUUGGCACUUGUGAAACUUGUGUUGAUGUCAUUUGACAGACUUGUUUUCCUUGCCUCAAGGACCUCCACUUGAGUAAAAAAUGGUGGGUUUGUACCGUUUACACACAGAUGAAAACCAGCCCUGAGACGUUCUUUUUACGAUUCUCAGAAAGAUCAGAGUCAGGAAAAAUAGUUGAACUUUCCAUCACUAGUUUGAUGAUGUUGACUGAAGCGUGGAAUGUGAGACGGUACAUAGUGAAGUAAUCAACUCACGUUGGUAAAGGAAGUAAUUGCAUGUACUUUGUAAUAAUUACUAAUUAUUGUGUCUGUCUUCACAGCAUUAAACCGAUAGAAGUUAAUUAAGCAAGAUGGAGGAGAAACCCAACCUGCUGCUCUCCUUCCACACUGAGAUCAAACAAGAGUCACUGGAUUCUGAUUGUGACAGUAAAGCUCAGUGUUCAUUGGUGGAUUUAGCGAUGACAUCAGUAAAGCAGGAAGACUGCAGUCAAACACUGGGACUGAAUAAUAUUAAAUGUGAAGAGGAGGAGAAGAUGAUUGGGGAUUUAACUAAUCAAGAUGAGAUUGCUGAAGUGGAUAACUUUCCUACAGCUGGAGAGAAACAACAGGAAGAUAUAAAAGAUAAGAAGUCUCACCGCUGUCCCCACUGUGGAAAAUGUUUUCUAUUUAUGUCUAUGUUAAAAAGACACAUUAACAUACAUAGAAGAGAGAAGCCUUACCCUUGCUCUGACUGUGGGAAGAGUUUCACUCAAUUAAAUAACCUAAAACUUCACCAGCGCAUACAUACAGGAGAGAAGCCUUACUCCUGUUCUGACUGUGGGAAGGGUUUCUCUCAAUUAAAUAACCUAAAACUUCACCAGCACAUACAUACUGGAGAGAAACCUUACUCCUGUUCUGACUGUGGGAAGUAUUUCUCUCAAUUACAUAACCUAAAACUUCACCAGCACAUACAUACAGGAGAGAAGCCUUACUCUUGUUCAGACUGUGGGAAGUGUUUCUCUCAAUUAUCUCACCUUACACGUCACCAGCGCAUACAUACAGGAGAGAAGCCUUACUCCUGUUCUGACUGUGGGAAGAGUUUCUCUCAAUUAAAUAACCUACAACUUCACCAGCACAUACAUACAGGAGAGAAGCCUUACUCUUGUUCAGACUGUGGGAAGUGUUUCUCUCAAUUAUCUCACCUUACACGUCACCAGCCCAUACAUACAGGAGAGAAGCCUUGCCUCUGUUCUGACUGUGGGAAUUUCUUCCCAGAUUUUGGUACCCUGAAAAUUCAUCAGCGCAUACAUUCUCAAGAAAAACCUUACUCCUGUUCUGAUUGUGGGAAGAGUUUCUCUCGAUUAUAUAGCCUUAAAGUUCACGAGCGCAUACAUACAGGAGAGAAGCCUUACUCCUGUACUGACUGUGGGAAUAGUUUCUCUCAAUUAGGUAGCCUUAAUGCUCAUCAGCGCAAACAUACAGGAGAGAAGCCUUACUCCUGUACUGACUGUGGGAAACGUUUCAAACAUCUAGUUUCCCUCAAAACACAUCAACGGAUACAUACUGGAGAAUAAUCCUUCUUCUGAAUGUAGGAAGUGCUUUUUCACAGUAUCUAAACUUACUGUUCCUCAGAAUACUCACAGAAGAGAAUACUAUCACUUUGUUCUGACAGUUGGAAACGUUUCUCUAAAAGAACUUACAUAAAAUGUGUUGGAUAAAAGAGGACAUGCUUUGGAGACAGUCCGAUACUGUACAGGAGAGACUAUGAACUAAAAAUCACUCUCUCACUAAUAAGCUCUUUAAGCAGCUCCUUAAGAUCAGAUGGUAGUCACUCGAUUGGAUAAGGUUUGUUGAGAAAAAGAGCAUAGUACAGGAAGUGAGCCAAGGGUACCAGGAGCAGCAUUCAGUGGCAGAUCAACAAUCUACACCAGGACCUGAAACAGAUGAUGUCAAACUACCCCCCUCCCCCUUGGUAUUUGUCUAUGAACCAGCAAAUGACUCCAGUAAAACAGAAAACUUUCAAAUGCUCUGUGAGGAAAUGGGGAGGGCUUACAUAGAACCCAAAUAAGGACAAGGGGAGGGGAUUGGAAGAUGAAGUCAUGAUAAACCAAUCAUUGAACAAUUAUGUAUAAUGUGUACCUCCUUCAUUAAGGUCAUGAAUAAAAACAUAAAAGGGCCUGGAGAAUUCCAUAACAUGUGAUCAAUCAAUGACUCAAGAAGAGCAGUGAUCUGAUUAUUGGCUACUGGAUCCUCCUGGAACCCAACGCUGUCUGUACUGCUGAUUGACUCCUUCGAAUAAACGUAGCAACUUCUAAGA